UGGUACAAUAAUCUGCCUCCAACUAAUAAAGCGUGUAUGAGACGCCGUGCAGACUUCGGGACUAAUUUGGGCAUAACUGUGAGGGAACCUCUGGGUAUUUAGCGGUGCUGGGAGGCAGCGGAGCGGCGGCGGCGGCGGCGGCACCGGCACGGAGGAGGCUGAUGCUGAGGUGAUGCAACCAGGGGAGGGGGCAGAGGAUCAUCCGGCCGCUGCCAGCGCCGACCCAGCUGACAUCUGAAACCGAUGCUGCCCUGCCGCCGAGUCCCACAGGCUGAGGGGCUGAGAGCCACCGCGGAUGGACGGACCUCCAGCGGGCCGUGGAGGAUGCGCAGCGGCCGAGAUUGAGCUGUAAAUGUGUCGGCAUCGGACAGCUCAGUAUGAAGAAGUCGGUGCGGCCAGCGGUGAGUAAGGUGGGCGGAGACCGGGGCAAGACGGAGGCGGCGGCGGCGGCCGGAGCCGGGAAACCUGCAACAAAAAGCCCCGCCACGGCCCCUCUGUCCAAGGUGAAAAGUAACGACGAUCUAUUAGCAGCCAUGGCCGGAGGAAAUCCUGCAUCGAAUAGCAGCGUCACCAAGAGCAAGAGGACCGCCUCCAUCGGCACCAGUGCCGGCAACGCAGACAGCAAGCCAAAGACGACAUCAGGUACUUCAUCCAAGCGUACAACAUCUUCAACUUCCAAGGAGCCAAACUCGUCACGAGAUCGUCUCCGGACGUCCCGGACCUCGGCUGCCAAGAAGCAGCUGGUCUCAGGGACCAUCGCGGGAGACGGAGCCUCUGGGAAACGCUCCCGGAGCCACGUCCUCGCAGACGCCGACAGCCGCAUGAGCAAAUCCAAAUCGGACGGUCAGAUCAGCGACAAGGUGGCUCUGGAGUCAAAAGUGAACGACCUGCUUGGUUUGGCGAAGAGCAAAGAUGUGGAGAUCCUCCACCUUCGCAGCGAGCUGCGGGACAUGAGGGCCCAGCUCGGCAUCGGCGGGACGGAGGCGCCGCCGCCGCAGCAGGAGGAGGAAGAGGCCGGCGAGGAGGAGAAGCCGCAGGCGUCGGCCAUCACGGCGGCCGACGUGGAGUCCACCCUGAUCCUCCUCCAGGAGCAGAACCAGGCCAUCCGGGAGGAGCUCAACCUGCUGAAGAGCGAGAACCGCAUGCUGAAGGACCGGCUCAACGCGCUGGGCUUCUCGCUGGAGCAGAGGCUGGACGGAUCCGACAAGCUGUUCAGCUACGCCUCGCUGAGCCCCGACCUGGCGGCGGGCGGCGGGCACCACAGCGACGGCGGCGGCACGGGCACGCUCACCUCCUCGGUGGAGGGCUCCGCCCCCGGCUCGCUGGAGGACCUGCUCACGGGACACCAGCACGGCGGGUCGGCGGACAACCUGGACAGCGAGUCCAGCGAGGUGUACCAGGCCGUCACCUCCAGCGACGACGCCCUGGACGCUCCCUCGGGAGCCUCCUCCUCGUCCGAGUCGGAGUGCGCCCCGAGCCGCGAGCGCUCGCGGAGGGGCAGCAGCGGCAACGCCAGCGAGGUGUCGGUGGCCUGCCUGACGGAGCGCAUCCACCAGAUGGAGGAGAACCAGCACAGCACCGCCGAGGAGCUGCAGGCCACGCUGCAGGAGCUGGCCGACCUGCAGCAGAUCACCCAGGAGCUGAACGGCGAGAACGAGCGGCUCGGCGAGGAGAAGGUCAUCCUCAUGGACUCGCUGUGCCAGCAGAGCGACAAGCUGGAGCUGUACGGCCGGCAGAUCGAGUACCUGCGCUCGCUGCUGGACGAGCACCACGUCUCCUACGUGCUGGAGGAGGACAUCAAGAGCGGCCGCUACAUGGAGCUGGAGCAGCGCUACGCCGACCUGGCCGACAACGCCCGCUUCGAGAGGGAGCAGCUGCUGGGCGUGCAGCAGCACCUGUCCAACACGCUGAAGAUGGCCGAGCAGGACAACGCCGAGGCGCAGGAGAUGAUCGGAGCGCUGAAGGAGAGGAACCACCAGAUGGAGCGCAUCGUGGACUCGGAGAGGCAGGACCGGAGCGUCAUGGCCGCCGCCCUGGACGAGUACAAGGCGGCGGUGAGCAGCGACCAGGCGGAGCUGAGCCGCUGCCGCGCCCAGCUGGACCAGGAGCGGCAGCGGGUGGCCGAGCUGUACUCGCUCCACACGGCGGGCGACAAGAACGACAUCUGCCAGCUGCUGGAGGGGGUGCGGCUGGGGAAGGAGGAGGCCGAGGCCAAAGCUGCACAGACGCAGGAGAAGCUGGAGGAGGCGCACGGCGAACUCGGCCGCCUGCAGGAGGCCUUCGGCAAGCUGGACAGGGAAUACCGGGACUUCCAGGAGCAGGCGCAGCAGCAGAUGGCGGAUCAGGAGCGCACGCUGGAGAAGCAGCGCGUGGAGCUGCAGGAGAAGGACACGGAGAUCGCGGACAUGAAGGAAACCAUCUUCGAGCUGGAGGACGAGGUGGAGCAGCACCGAGCCCUCAAACUGCACGACAACCUCAUCAUCACCGACCUGGAGAACUCUGUGAAGAAGCUGCAGGACCAGAAACACGACAUGGAGAGAGAGAUUAAGAUUCUCCACCGCCGACUCCGGGAGGAGUCGAUGGAGUGGCGUCAGUUCCAGGCAGAUCUGCAGACGGCCGUUGUCAUUGCUAAUGACAUCAAGUCGGAAGCGCAGGAGGAGAUUGGAGACCUGCGGCGGCGGCUGCAGGAAGCCCAGGAGAAGAAUGAGAAGCUGAGCAAGGAGCUGGACGAGGUCAAGAGCCGCAAGCAGGAGGAGGAGCGAGGCCGGGUGUACAACUACAUGAACGCGGUGGAGAGAGACCUGGCCGCCCUGAGGCAAGGCAUGGGCCUCAGCAGGAGGUCCUCCACCUCCUCCGAGCCCUCGCCCACCGUCAAGACGCUCAUCAAGAGCUUCGACAGCGCCUCGCAAGGUCCCCCGUCCAACGGCGCCGCCGUGGCGCCGACUGCCCCCGCCGCCCCGCUGCCGCGGACCCCCCUCAGUCCCAGUCCCAUGAAGACGCCUCCUGCAGCCGCAGUCUCGCCCAUACAGAGACACUCCAUCAGCGGCUCCAUGUCGGCAGCCAAGCCGCUCUCGUCCCUGAACGACAAGAGGCCCAGCUACACGGACAUCAGCAUGCCGGCUGAGCACCUCCUCCGGGGAGCCUCGGCCGGCCGGCCCUCCUCCGCCCUGCAGAGGGUCUCCAACAUGGACUCCACCAAGGCCAUCUCAGUGUCGCGCCGGAGCAGCGAGGAGAUCAAGAGAGACCUGACGGCCGCAGACGGCGCCUCCUCCACCUCCCUGAUGGCCAUGAGCGCAGCCUCCUCCCCCCUGUCGCUGUCCUCCUCCUCCCCCACCGCCUCCAUCACCCCCACGGCGCGCAGCCGCCUCAGAGAGGAGAGGAAGGACCCGCUGUCCGCUCUGGCCCGAGAGUACGGAGGCUCCAAGAGAAACGCUCUGCUGAAGUGGUGCCAGAAGAAGACGGAGGGUUACCAGAACAUUGACAUUACCAACUUCAGCAGCAGCUGGAACGACGGCCUGGCGUUCUGCGCCGUGCUGCACACCUACCUGCCGGCUCACAUCCCGUACCAGGAGCUGAGCAGCCAGGAGAAGAGGAGGAACUUCACGCUGGCCUUCCAGGCUGCGGAGAGCGUCGGCAUCAAAUGCACUUUGGACAUCAAUGAGAUGGUUCACACCGAGAGGCCCGACUGGCAGAGCGUCAUGACCUACGUCACCGCCAUCUACAAAUACUUCGAGACCUGACUGCGCCGUCUCGCCCGCCCGUCCCGUUCUGGCAGCACAAUCAGAGCCACGCCCCCCCCCCCCUUCCUGAGCUCACUGCCCCCCCCCACUGUCUUCAUCCACGCUGCACGGCUCUGCAGUAUUUAGCUGGACUCUGAGCAGGUCUGCAGUCAGGAGGAGAGAACGGACAAAACAAAAAAAAAACAUGUCCGAGUGCCUUUUUUCUGGCUUUUCCUCACAUUUCGCAUCACUUUAAAUAUUCAUCCAGGAGAAGUUUCCCUGAAGUGUCACAGGUUUUGAUUUUCUUUUCAGAAGUUCUUCUUGCAUAUCAAACCUGAACGUUGUUGUAAUUCCUCGAUGUUACUGAAGAAUCCUUCUCUUGUUGCACCAAGUCUUCCAGAUGUUUGGGUGUGUUACAGACGCCUCAGAGGAACUAAGUGCCUGAGUGUGUUUGGAUGCAGGAGGCCAGGAAAUGAGCUCUCCUGCUACUUUUUCACAGAGCAGAAGAUUGGAGGAGGAGUUUGCCAAAUAACAUUGUUAGCGCCUUUUUUUUUUCCUCCUCUUUUCUUUUGUUUUCUGAUUUCCUUCCUCUCGCUCAACCGGACGGACGAUGAAUUACGAGCGGCCUGGUUUGAAGCACAGACGUCUCACCGACGACUCUGCCGUCGUGUUGUUGAGCUGCACUAACACAACUCCACGAAGGUGGCCUGACUUCUGAACGCUCCGCAUCGCAGCUGCAUAUCCCGGCCUUGUUACACAUGACAGCUAUCGGAGGAGUUCCUCCUCACAUUUGUCUGCUUUCUGCAUUUUUUUAAGCUUUUUUUUUGAGUUCUUAGGUGAUGAGAAGUCGCUUGAAACUACAAGGCGUUUCAUUGAGCUCAUAGUUACAUUCCAGUUUCUGCUUUUGAACAGAUUCUGAAAAACAGAAGUUCCCUGGUUUUGGCUCAUCACUCACAAUCUGCUGUGAGAUUACAGAGCUCCUGGAGUCUGCCGCAUCCCCAGUUCCAUCCUGUUACAGCUCGUCCAUCACGCCGAGACUCGCCUGUCUCAGCAGUCGUACUGAAAAACCAGUGAACAGACCAGUCAGAAACCAGUUAGCAGCCGGCCCAACGAGCCUGAUCCCAGUCAGAACCCCACGGGAGUCAGUGGCACACUGAACUUGAUGCGAUUCUACCAUUAAAAGGUCUGUUUUUUUUCGGUGCAUUUUGGUAUUUUCGUCGAUAGCGAGCUCUGCAAAUCAUCCGAGUGGCGCUUGGCGGACGUGCUCUGAAGUAUUUAAUGAAUUCCUCCUGUUUGGAAGGUUUUCGUGGAUUCGGAUGUGAGAUUUUGAGGCGCUGACUGGCAGAUUUUCUCACUUCCAGACAGACUGACGCGGCUCUUUUCUAGUCUUCAUGCUAAACUGAACCCUCCCCUCCGCCGUUAACAGGGUGCAUAACUCCAUUUAUUGAGAGGCUGUUUGAGGACAGCGGGAAUUCUCUUAAUUGUGGGUUCAUUGGGGUUGUUUUUGAACUUGCCGGUGUCCCUGAGCAGCGAUCGGAGCUCCUGGACGCCGGCGAAGCAGCCUCUCCGUCUGCUGCAGGAAGCUGCGCGUUAACUGUGCCUGCACAUAUCCAAGGUCACUGUAUUUAUUUGUGUAGUUUUUGAUCAUUUCUCGUUGCUUUAUUUGUGUCUCCAAUGUAAAUAGGUUUAUUAAACACACACACACACUAAGUAGCUGCACUGAAAUAAGCUUUUUGUAACUUUUUCUGCCUUAACAGCUUCAAUCGAGGCUCCUGCUGCUGAAACUGUGAGGCUUUUAGCCGGCGGCUGGUUUUCCUUUGCUCAGUGGAGGCGCGCUGUAUCGAUCGAUCAAUCAGUUCAUCAGUCCUGUCAACAGAAACAAGGUUUUCGUCUCGGCUUCAAAAACGUCGGCCUUUAACUGAUCUCAAGUCAGCACAAGAGUCCAGACUGGUUUCAGACUGGUGACAGCAGUUUAACCCGGUCUGGAAGCUGCGUCUGUUUGCAGACGAUGCGUUCGUGUGCCAGCGUUUAGCGCGGCGCUCUGUCCGUCCGGUGGGUCGGACUCGGACCCUGGCCGUGCGGCGGGCUGGAAUGCGUGGCGCCGGUCUCUACACGAGGCCCGGCCGGCGUUGUGCUGCUGGGCAGUGAUUGAGGAGCGCUGGAGGCCGGCUGAACGGAGACCAGCAGUCGCUGGGAAGCACAUUCCUCCGCCGCGUCUGGACGGACGGGCUGCUUUGUUUUGGGACCCGGAGGCGAACGCUGUUUGUCCGUGGUGGUCCUCUUCAUCACUUCUUAUUCUUCUUCUUUGUUUACUUGAAAAUGCUCUGAGAAUUCCACUGAAACCUGCUUUACUUUUUCCUCCAUGUUGCCUUUUUUUUUCUUUUUUUUUACCCCACAUUUUCCAGUCUGAAGAUUGCUGGUGGGAUUUUUUGUUUUAUUUUUAUUUUUUGUGAUUACACUACAUGCAGUCCUGAAAAAGUCCCUCAGUGAAGCUAAAGCUGGAUGAAUAAGUGUGUGUGUGUGUGUGUUCUGAAGCGUGUGUGUUUGUGUGUGCGUAAAGGGACUAAGCUACAGUAUUAACUGCACACUAUGACGAUAAUCAGUUGUAAGAAAACAAAAGGCUGUUUCUCUGUUGCUUUGUAUUUUUCCUGGCAAUGCCUGUAGUUAUAAAAGAACCAGUGAACAGC